AUGCGUGCACCACUCGUGUUGACCAAGUGCCUCUUGACCUUCGGCAUUCAUGCCAAUCUUGCCACGUCGCUCGUCGUUCGCCAGGGCGAUGUCAAGCUGCUCCCGCUCAUCCUCAACGAGACCGCCGAUUCGCUGCAGCAAGUGGGCAAAGAAGCAGCCGAUGGCGAGAAACACUUCAUCGAGCAACUCCUCCAGAACGUGACGCCCCAAGCCUCCACCUUCAACAAUACCAUUGCAGCAUACUGGCAGAACCGCAAUGCCCUAUCCCAACGCACGGCAAAGAUUUAUCUUUACGCUAAUAUUGGAGAUUAUCCCGACUUGACUGGCCCCAGCCGCGCGGCCCGUGAUACAUAUGAGGAUGCUCUCGACAACACCUUCACGAAUGAGCAGUUCUAUGAGCUCGUUCAUGCCGUCUAUAUUCAGUACUUUGACCCUGCAGGAGCUCCGAGCGACAAGAAACAAUGGCCUGCGGAUCUGGAUGAAGAGGAUAUAAAAAUGCUGCGUAUCACCUGGCACUCCUUUGUGGACAAUGGGCUAAAUUUGAAGCCCGAAGAGCAGGACCGUUUGAAGGCAAUCAGCGACUCCGCGGAUCAAGUGGAAAGUGCUUUCAUGGACGCCUUGGGCAACAUCACAACUGGUCCUCCGUUGUACUUCACUCGAAAAGAGCUGCCAGGCGUGCCCGACGAGCUUAUCGCCAAGCUGGCCAAAGAUAAUGGGCAAGACGGCAACAGAUACGCAGUCAGCAUCGACGACCUCGAUAUCGUUAGCCAAUGUAACAACGCAACCACUCGGCAGGUCGUGUGGCUGCGAGGCAAUCGUCUCGUUCCGGAAAACAUCGACCGCCUGAAGCAGACGAUAGCAUUACGUGCGGAACAGGCCAACCUGCUCGGCUACCCCUCCUACGCGGCUUACGCUCUGCAGGAUACUUUGAUAGCGAACCCGGAGAAUGUUCGAUCCUUUAUUGAUCAAAUUGAUGCCAAGCUCCAGCCUCUGAAUCGAGAACAAUACAUCGGAAUUUUGAAGGGGCUCAAGAAAGAAGAGGAGGGCACUGAUGAGUUUUUGUUCGAGUGGGACCAGGAUUAUUACGAAUCUAAGGCUAAAGCUGCUGGAAUGAAAAAGCGACAGAGUAAAGAACCGAAUUCCUCCGAGUACUACGAAGCCAUUGAAACUAUCAGUCGGAUGCUUGAAGUGUUGGGCCCAGUCUUCCAUUUCCGUUUCGAAAAGCUGAGUGCCGUCACUACCGUGCCAGGCCACUCAGCCAAGGAUGUUGUUUGGAAUCCCAGUGUUCAGCUAUAUGCUGUCUACGAUACCGACGACAACAGCCCGGUGGGACAUCUCUACGUCGAUCCUUACCAUCGCGACAGUGACGACGCGCUGGCAUCCACAGCAUACACCAUUAGCACAGGAUCCAGUUUCGUCAAGUCCGAUGGAACUCGAAAUCCCAUCUCGGUUGUUGUCAAAUACUACUUUGAUGCACCAAAUGGGGACCAACCGACCCUGCUGGAUUCCGAUCAGCUCCACCUCUUAUUCCGCUUGUUUGGUUCAGUGCUUUCUUCCUUCUCCGGAAAGGUCAAAUACAACGCCUUGAGUGCCGUUUCGUCCGCAAUUCCCAGCGACUUUUCGAACGUCAUUCAAUCCACGCUGGAAGGCUGGUCAAAUGAUCCCCAAACGCUAGAACGCAUCAGUGAGCACUGGUCCUACGUAUCUCCAGAAGCCCAACAAGCAUGGCAAAAAGCGAAUCCAAACCAGCCACAACCACCGAAGCAGAUACCGCAGAACUCUCCGGCUGGAAGCACGGACUCGAACCCCAGAGGCUUGUCAAACGGGCACAAUGUAUGGUUCGCACUGUACUCAGCGUCGCUCUCGGCCUGGGACCAAUAUCUGUACGGACAAAGCCACCCCGUCGAUACCACCUCUCUGGACUUCGUCCGCGAAUUCAAACGGAUUAGCAAGCAGUACCGCAAAUUGGACCACAUCGGCGACACGGGAGUGACAGACACAUCGAAAUGGGACUACCCUUUCACAUACGACUCGCACAACAUGCAAACGCCUGGCAGCGUCUACGAUUACUCCUUAAGCUGGUUGUACGCAGCGGAUCUAUUUUCGCGAUUCCAAGAAGACCCAUUCAGCACGUCGAUUGGUGGCCAGUUUCGAACUCUGCUACUCGUUCCUGGGGCAUCGGAAGACUAUGAGGCACAGAUCGAGACGUUUUUGGGCCGGAAAUUGGAUUUUGGAAAGUAUCUUGGUACCUUGGGGAGAAACAUGCAUGAAACCAACAUCCUUGGCCCUGAUCCCCGCUAUCGGCUCUCUACCCUCGAACUCGCCCUCCUCCUCCUCUACCUUGCUGAAGACCCAAUUCUUCCAGACGAGAUCAACGAAUCCGCCGCCCCUGUCUCUGCCCCUGACGUACUGGGCAACUUUGACCACAGACCUGACGCAAGCAUCGUCGACGCGGAUGCAAUACUUCACGCGCUGGUUGUUGUACCAAGGAUCAUUGGAUCUAUCUGGAUAGUGCUCAUCGCUCCACGCUUUGAAGUGCUCUCUAACAGCUGCAGGGCUAGCACCUUCCAAUAUCUGCUUGUCCUCAAUGACUGUGAUCUCCAAUUGGUCGAAUACAUCCAAGCCGUUGCAGAGCUCCAAGUCAUACCGGAUGAAAUGCCUGUAUCUGUCCAGGAAGACUUGCCAAUCCGAGUCGUUGUUGUAUGUACAGCGAUAGAUUACAGGUCCCCAGUUGUCUUCGUGGUCUUCUUUCAUCCAUCUCUCGAUUUGAUCUGCUUUGUUCGAGGAGCGGCUACGACCUGGAGUGCGGGUGCUUUCGUCCCGGAUCGGGGCACGAGCCACACGACGACUAGGCAACAUGUCGGAUAUCGAGUGUUGGCUCGAGUUCUUGAUACACAUUCGGAAAAACGAGACUGGAGCAAAGGGGGAGCAGGAGCGAUACAUUUGCUGAGUCAGCUCGCGGAUUCCUUGGCGCAAGAUGUCCGUCCUGAUGCUGGAGAGCCCUAUACAUCAAUCGACCUCGAAAUGCCGGAUGAUUCGCUGCAAGACCGCGUUGUGCUCGUGACAGGCGGCGCCUCUGGCAUUGGCUUUGCAACGGCAAAACGUCUUCUCGAGCGUGGAGCCCUCGUGUACCUCACCGAUAUCAACGAAGAAGCGUUAGAGCAAGCUGCCAGCACUCUCAACGAUCCGGAGCGGGUUUGUGCUCACCGUGUCGACGUCACCAAGCGAGACGCAGUCAAAGCCGCCAUUGUCUCAGCGAAAGAACACUUCGGCAGACUGGACGCCAUUGGAAGCAUUGCUGGAACUGGUGGACGCCGUCUUGGACACGACUUCAUCUGGGAGACUACAUCCGACGAGUACGACUUCAACUUCGACAUCAACGUCCGAGGCACAUUCAACAUACUCUCAGAGGCGUUGGCACCGGGGGUUGGUUUUGAAAAGGGUGCGGUAUUCGCUGCCUCUAAGCAUGCAAUGACCGGCCUCGUGAAGAGUGCAGCGAAAGAAGUUGGCAAGCGUGGGAUUAGGGUGAACGCGGUAUUGCCUGGUGUCAUCGACACUCCUAUGCAUCAGCGAAAUUUGGACAGCGGAUUUCCGGAUCCUGGUCCAGAUGCCCCUUUGUCAAGGGUAGGCAAAGCGGAAGAGGUGGCAGAAGUCAUUGUUUUCCUUUUGAGCGAUGAAGCCUCAUUCGUGACCGGCUCGCUUUGUAGCGUUGAUGGCGCCGUGGGCUCCGUUCUGGGCUGGCUGUUGGCCCGCACGGCACCAUACCGCGUCUCGGUCGUCUGCAAGUCCAAUUUCGCCCACGUCCAGGAGCACGGUUUCCGCCUGCGGACCACCACCUGGGGCGACGGCCUCUUCACGCCCCAUCGCGUGUUCGAGGCAGGCUCCGCAUUGCAACGUCCAUCCGGCGCGGGCUAUGCGUACAUCAUCCUCGCCAACAAGAUCAAGACCGAGCAGAGUCGCUCGCAGAUGGUGCACGACCUCCAGCACAUCACCACCCCCAACACCAUCCUAGUGUCGACUCAAAAUGGCCUGGGCAACGAAGCGGCCUUGCGUGACGCCUUUCCGUCGAAUGUCAUAAUAUCCAUGGUCUGUAAUCUGGUCUGCUGUCAAUUGUCCCCCGGCGUCAUCGAACAACGCACAUCGAUCAAACCGCACGCAUUCCACGUCGGCGUGUACGGCAGAAUCUCCCAGAGCGACUUCACCGCCGACGAAUCCAAAGCCGUCGAAUCCCUGCUCGCUUGUGACAAGCAAUUCGUUGCCGUAGAUAAUGCCUUGCUGGAAAAGUGGCAAAAGGCCGUCUUCAACAACGCCUGGAAUUCCAUGACCGCACUUACCGGAGUCGACACUCACGAGCUCUUCGAAUCCCCCGCUGCCCUCGAGCUGGUCCGCCACCUCGCCGAGGAAGCACGUCAAAUAGGGAUUGCGAGUGGUGUCGAGCUGGGCGGUAUGGUUCCAGACAAGGUGAUUGAGAUCGCGCGGUCAUGCGACCCCAUCGUGACUUCCAUGCUGUACGAUGCCCGACGAGGACGAGCAUUAGAGUUGGCUCCGAUCACUGGUUUUUUGGUCGCCCAGGCUGCUCGCGUGGGAAUUCCGGCACCGUACACAACGGACGUCUACCGACAGCUCAAACAGAUGAAUGCUUCGUUACGGGCGUGA